AUGGAGAAGCAGCAGCCGAUAGCCUGGCCGUACGACAAGGCGAUGAAACCACGAGAGCGUUAUGACACGGACGGACUAACUCGACGAUUCUCUUCAAUUGAUGAGAAACGACGGGCGGCAAGCAUCGGAUGUAGAAAAUCUCGUAGAAAGAAACCGCCCUAUGCUAGCGUGUUCGAUCUCGAGGUGGAGUCGACGCACGUUUUUGGCACGAGCCGAAUGGAAGCUUUUUUGCUACUUAUCGAUAGCGGGAGUCCGGGAGUCCUGGUCAGCCCCGAGCACCGUAUCUCUUACUUCUACUUCUACUCCCUCUCACUCUCACUCUCUAUCCUCCUCUUUGACAUCCAUCUCUCGCUUUCACGAUUGCGUGAAUACACAUCCCUCUCCACCCUCACUGCCACACCCACAACAACAUCGUUCUCACCCACCAUGACGACCAACGAACUCCCCACCUCCGACCUCAACUCCUACGACUUCCUCAUCGUAGGAGGAGGCACCGCCGGCUGCGUCGUCGCCGCCCGUCUCGCCGAAUAUCUCCCCACCAAGCGGAUCCUCCUCAUCGAGGGCGGUCCUUCCGAUUACAACGACGACCGCGUCCUUCUCCUCAAAGAUUGGCUAUCCCUCCUCGGAGGCGAGCUCGACUACGACUACCCCACCACCGAACAACCCCACGGCAAUUCACACAUUCGCCAUUCGCGAGCAAAAGUACUAGGAGGCUGCUCCUCACACAACACCCUCAUCUCCUUCCGUCCGUUUGAAUACGACUGCAAGCGAUGGGUGGCCCAGGGCUGUGAAGGAUGGGACUUUUCCACCUUCACUCGUCUGCUAGAUGGCAUUCGUAACACGGUACAGCCCGUCCACGCCCGUCACCGCAAUCAGCUCUGCAAAGACUGGGUCAACUCCGGCUCGGAAGCCCUCAAGAUUCCGGUGGUCAGCGACUACAACCAAGAGAUCCGUUCCACCGGCGCCCUCCACCCCGGCAUCGGCUUCCUCUCCAUCUCCUACAACCCCGACGAUGGCCACCGCUCUUCCGCUUCCGUCGCUUACAUCCACCCCAUCCUCCGCGGCGAUGAGUCCCGUCCCAACCUCACCAUCUUGACCAACGCCUGGGUCGGCAAAAUCAACACGUCCGGCACCAAAGUCCUCGGCGUGGACGUCACCCUGCAAUCCGGCUCCACCCACACCCUCACCGCCAAAUGCGAAACCAUCCUCUGCGCCGGCGCAGUCGACACUCCUCGUCUGAUGAUGCUCUCCGGUCUCGGCCCGAAAUCCCACCUCGAAUCCCUCUCCAUCCCAGUGGUCAAAGACAUCCCCGGCGUAGGCGAAAACCUCCUCGAUCACCCAGAAUCCAUCAUCCUCUGGGAACUCAACAAACCCGUCCCUCAAAACCAAACCGUCAUGGACUCUGAUGCGGCCAUGUUCAUUCGUCGCCAACGGCCCAACGCCAACCACGACGACGGGGAGAUCAUCGACAUCAUGGCUCAUUGCUACCAAGUCCCAUUCGUCUACAACACUGAACGACUCGGCUACGACGUCCCCGUCGACGCCUUUUGCGUGACGCCCAACAUUCCCCGUCCGCGAUCGAGGGGUAAACUCUACCUCGUCAGCAACGACCCCAAAGUCAAACCCGCCCUCGACUUCCGCUACUUCUCCGAUCCAGAAGGCUACGACGCCGCCACUAUCGUCGAGGGCCUCAAAGCCGCGCGCGAAAUCGCCCAGACCGCGCCCUUUAAAGACUGGAUCAAGCGUGAAAUCGCCCCCGGACCCGCCAUCACGAGUGACGAGGACCUCUCCGAGUACGGCCGUAGAGUGGCCCACACGGUAUACCACCCGGCCGGCACGACGAAGAUGGGAGACGUCAAGACGAACCACAUGGCGGUUGUGGAUCCGGAGUUGAAGAUUCGAGGACUACAGAAUGUGAGGAUUGCGGACGCGGGUGUUUUCCCGGAGAUGCCGAGUGUGAAUCCCAUGUUGACGGUGUUGGCGAUUGGGGAGAGGUGUGCGGAGAUUGUCGCCGGGACUUGGGGGUGGAGUGGGCAUGGCAAGGCGAGGCUAUGAGGGAAUGGGUAUGUUGUGUGGCAUAGGGAGUGGCGACUUCAACAUGGAGCUACGAGGAAUUGGAUGCGAAUCUGGAGUUUGGGACAUGGGACUUGUGAGACGCCCGGAUCAACGGCCAGGUAAGAACAAAAAAUGAGAAAGGAAGGAAGGACGGCAAGUCAGGUCAU